ACGAAAGUGAAGUAGCUAUAACUUGCGUCCUCCCUUACGUCAAUCGGUGUAACGGUGUAAAAAAAAUCGAGCGUACACAUACACACAUACAAUCAGAUUGAAGAUCACUUGGCAAGUUCACACACUUCGCAGAUCGCCGAUCUUCGCGCGACUUCAUUUUAACUCUCUUUGCAUACUAUACUCCAGCAUUUUCUUUUCACGUCGUAAUUGUGAACUUUUCCUUCCUUUCUCAUUUCCAAUUCUUAAUUGAAUUUUAUUCUUUAUAUUAUUACUUGUUAUUUACUAUUGGCUCGCAUUUACAACAUGAAUACCAGAUUCACGGGAAUAGAACUGGGGCCUCCUAUCGAGGUUUUUGCACUGCAAAAAGCAUUCGUCGACGAUACUUACGAAAAGAAAGUUAAUCUUACUAUAGGAGCUUAUCGCACUAAUGAAGGUAAACCAUGGGUUCUACCAGUUGUAAAAAAGGUAGAAAAGACAAUUGCAGCAGAUGAUUUACAAAAUCAUGAAUACUUACCAGUUCUUGGCCUAGAAGCAUUUAGCGAAGCUGCUACAAGUAUGUUAUUAGGUGCAAAUUCUCCUGUUAUUGCCCAAGGGCGUGCAUUUGGUAUUCAGUCACUUUCUGGUACUGGAGCAUUACGUGUUGCUGCUGAAUUUUUGAGUCGUAUUCUACAUUAUGAUACCUUUUACUAUAGUAAACCUUCCUGGGAAAAUCACAGACUGGUGUUUACUAAUGGAGGAUUUAAAAACGCCCGUGAAUAUACAUACUGGAAUGAAAAGACCCGUAAUGUUAAUUUAGAAGGAAUGCUUCAGGAUUUACGAGAUGCUCCAGAAAAUGCUGUAAUUAUUUUACAUUCAUGUGCACAUAAUCCAACUGGAUGUGAUCCAACUCCAGAACAAUGGACAAAAAUAGCUGAUGUAAUUCAGGAAAAAAAACUUUUCCCACUAUUUGACAGUGCAUACCAGGGUUUUGCAAGUGGAGAUUUAGACAAAGAUGCGUAUGCUGUACGAAUGUUUGCCGAACGUGGAAUCGAAUUUAUUUGUACGCAAAGUUUUGCGAAAAAUUUUGGAUUAUACAACGAAAGAGUCGGUAACAUAGUUUUUGUAUUGGCCGAUACAAAGGAAAUGAUUCAAGCUAAAUCACAAUUAACAUUAAUUAUCCGAGGAAUGUAUAGCAAUCCUCCUAAUCAUGGUGCACGAGUUGUUGCAACUGUGCUGAGAAAUCCGGAGCUCUUUGAAGAAUGGAAAGAUCAUAUUAAAACAAUGUCCAGUAGAAUUAAACAAAUGAGAACAGGUUUGCAUCAUAGAUUGCUCAAACUAGGUACCCCAGGUACUUGGGAUCAUAUUAUUCAGCAAAUUGGAAUGUUCUCAUAUACAGGACUCACUGAGAAGCAAGUCCAGCAUCUGAGAGAUCAUUAUCACAUUUAUAUGUUACGUAGUGGACGUAUAAAUAUGUGUGGGCUCAAUGAAAAUAAUUUGGAUUAUGUGGCAAAUGCGAUUAAUGAAACGAUCAAGCUAUUACCAGAAGCACAAAACAACUCAAAAACAAAUUCAACUAAUGACCAAAGUGAGGAUAUUGUAAAAACAGAAAUAAAACAAGAUGAUGAGAUCUUCAAUCAUAAUUAUGAUGAGAUAGAGGAAAAAUUAAAGCAAAUUUGUGAUGAUCGUGAAGAAAAGAAUACGUCUAAUAUAGAGGAACUAAACUCAACUUCUAAGAAUCAAAAAGGAAGUAUAGAAGAGCCAAUAAUACAGUCGCCAUUUUGUAAAAGUAUAAAUUAUAAAUAUUCGUCGAAAAAUGAAAUUCAAGAUAUGCUUAUUGACAAUAGAGACAACAUCGAAAUGAUCUUUGGUAGUGAAAGCAGUGAAGAAUUUGUUCGCAUUCCUAAGUAUACAUUUUCUAAUAAUGAGACUAAUGAGAAUAAUAAACAGAAUCGGCAUACUACAAGUAUCGAUAGUAUUACUAAUGAUAAAGAGAUCACUGAAACUGAAUGUAUAGAAGACAUUUCCAGCAGAGAAAAUAUACAUAUUGCGUCAAGGACUGCUAUAAGGUAUGAAGAAACGAUUCAAGAGGAAGUUAUGAGAUCUAUAAAAACAUCAGUUCUAGAUACAUCGUUUGAAGAUACAAAUUCUAUGAAUAUCAGCGAUACUUCGGAUAUUGUAGAAAUAGAAAAUAAAUCAAAAGAAGAACUGAAUUCAUCUGAAAUUAUGCGAUAUAAUAAAGAUGAUACAACAAAAUUUACAGUCAAAGUUACAGGCGAUCGCGAGGAUAUAUAUGAUAUUAUGCAUGAUGUAUUUAAAGAUAAUAAAAAUGAUUUUAUUAUUCAAGAACACAAUAAUACUUGUUCACAGCAAAAAAAUAAUGCAUUAGUUACUUCCAUCAUUACAAUAGAUGAUUAUCCACUAGAAACUAAUUCUAUAGAUAAAUGUAAUGAUAAUAUUUCUUCACCAUAUAUUACGAGUGUUGCGUCAAGAAACGACGAUCGAAUGCCAGUUGCUUUGUCAAAUUUAAAAAAUGAUAAAUUUCUAAAUACAAGAUUAUCAUCAUCAAAUACAGAUGAAGAAAAGGAUUUGGAUAUGAAUAAUAUUAUUAAUAGCGAUAUUGAACAACCAACAAUGAAUAAUAUUAAUAAAUGUGAAUAUAAGAAAUUACAACGAAAAGUAAAACUUCAAGAAACUGUCAUUGGGGAAUUAACUAAUCAACUUAUUUCGCUCAAGGACUUGGAGAAAAAAUUGCGUAAUAAAAAUUUAAUGCUCAAAGCAAGAAUAAAGAAAAUAGAAAAACAGAUGAAUAAAUUGAAUAAAUGUACAGUUGGCAUACCAUUUUCAACAAGCCAUAAAGAAAUAAAUGUAAAACAUAAGCUGACAUAUGAUUUAUCGAACAGAUUGAGUUAUUUUGAACAGAUGAAUAAAAAGUUAAUGAAAUCUAUAACUAUCGAAUGUCAACAAAAGAGACAGUUAGAAAAUCAAAUCAAGCAAAGAGAUAAACAAAUAAAAGAACUUAAUUGGAAAUUGGAUAAGGCUUCGAAAUACCUUGAGCGAUCAGAGAAAAAUACAAAUACAUAUAGAAGGAAGAUGUUAAAUAUGCAAACUUUUAUGAGACGAAAAAAACUCGUGGAGGGAAGUAUGAGUAAAUUUGACGAAAUAUUGAUAGACAGUACAAAGAAAAAAUAUCCUGAAAAAGUUCUAGCAAUGGCAGUGGAAAUUAAAGAAAUUUGCGGUAUGAAUGGAUACGAAAAGUUGUUAAAUUAUGGAUUUCCGCUUCCAACAUUAUCGGUUUUGCAAAAUUUUUCGAGUAACAAUAUCUCAGAUAUCAGUAAAAGUAACAACAAAAUUCACCAAGCCUAUUUAAAACUAACUACAGAUGAAGAAAAUGAUACUCAGUCUAUGAAAAAUGAUAUGGAAGUUGAUACAAAGAAUCAUGCGCAGUGUAAUACAUCCCGUUAUGAAGAAAGCAUGAUGGACGAUACAGAAACUGUAACAGGCACUGUUCAAGAUAUUUUUGAAGAAAGCAAUGACGACAUGGAUUUCAGUACAAAUGAAUUGAGAGAUCAAUUUAUUUUACAAUUAAACGCAGUUAUUUAA